AUGGACCAAGUGUUAAUGGGUCACUUGCUAUUACCUGAUUCUCAGAAAUGGACUAUUGCUUUGGUGUAUGCUUGUAAAGAUUACCAUGGCAGAAGAAUUCUUUGGGAUACUAUUGGUUCUAGCAUUAAUGCUGAUCUCCCAUCUAAUAAUAAGAUUGGUAAUAGCAAGAUCUGUGUAAGGUUGGACAGGGUGCUUAUGAACUCUGAAGGAUUGUGGUUGGCUCCUCUGGCCACGGUGAGGCAUCUUCUACGUAUAGCUUCGAACCACUGUCCUUUAUUAUUGAAUAUGUCUCCUAUCAGCCCAAGGCCCAGAAGCAAAUGGAUUCGGUUUGAAGAUAUCUGUAUGACUUACCCAGCCACGUGGAGAUUGGUGUGGAAAAACUGGAAGAAGGAGGACUAUGGACAGCCGAAUGAAGUGUUGAAUCAUAAGUGUCAAAGAACACUCGGUAAUUAUUUUUUCUGGAGCCGUAAUCGUCUGAAGGAGCUGGGGGAGCUGAAGGAUUCACUGGAAUGUCACAUUCAGGAACUCCAAAUGUUGGAGAGUUCUAAUAUGGGCCUUAGUGAAGCUCAGGACUUGGAGCUACGAAAGUUGGUGGUGGAUUUGAACUCGUCACUGGCUAGAAUGGCGACUUGGUGGAGACAGAGAGUGAAGACGAAGUGGAUGGAGGAAGGUGACGCCAAGUCACAUUUUUUUCACUCCUUUGCUAUGGCAAGAAGACAGGGCAACAGAAUUGUGGAGGUUCAAAAUUCUAGUGGGAAAAGGAUCACAGAGCAGAACCUGAUUAUUGAGAAAUUCUUGGAAUUCUUGAGGCUCAAGUGGAAGGAGAGACAGAUACUGAUGGAUAAUUGGCCUAGUUUCUAG